AUGGCAAUUAAAUUCAAAUAUUCGGUUGAAGACCUAGAUUCAGCCUUAAAAGAUAUAAGAGACACAAAAUUAUCAAUUAACAAAGCUGCUGUGAAGUAUGGAAUACCUAAAUCUACAUUGUCAAUAAAAUUAUCUGGAAAAUCUCCUUUAAUUAGGAAAAUGGGUCCUAGUUCAUUUUUAAAUGUUGAUGAGGAAAAUAAAAUAAAAAAUUGGAUCCUAAACAAUGCCACACUUGGAUUUCCUUUGAGAGAAAAUGAUGUCAAAGAUUCAGUGCAGAAAGUUAUUAAAGAUGUUCCACGGGUUACACCCUUUAAAGAUUCAAGACCAGGGGAUAAAUGGAUGAAACUAUUUUUAAAAAGAAAUCCUGAAAUAGUAAAGCGAAAUACAGAAGUAAUUUCAAAAGCACGAGCAGCGGUUACAGAAGAAAAAAUCCGUGAUUGGUUUACAGAGUUAGAUUUAUAUGUCAAAAACGAAAAUUGUCGUGAUGUGUUAGAUGAUCCUAGUAGACUUUUCAACUGUGAUGAAACUGGUCUACAAACAUGUCCCAAGUCUGGUAGAGUUUUAGGUCCUAAAGACAUAAAAGACUUUUAUGAAAUUGCCCAGGGACACGAAAAAGAGUGUGUUACUGUGUUAUGUACAUACUCAGCGAAAGGUGGUGUUCCACCGCCAAUGGUAUUAUACCCAUAUAAAAGAAUUCCAACAUCAAUAUUGGCAACGUUUCCUGAGGAUUGGGUGAUUGGAAGAUCUGACUCUGGGUGGAUGGUGAGUAGCACAUUCUAUGAAUACGUUUCAAAUGGAUUUUUUCCAUGGCUGAUCAAAAAUAAUAUACAAUUCCCAGUGAUAUUGUUCCUUGAUGGUCAUAAAAGUCAUUUAAGUUUGGAACUUACUGAAUUUUGUGCUGCUAAUAAAAUUAUUUUAUACUGCUUGCCUCCGAAUAGUACAAACAUUAUGCAACCGUGUGAUGUUGCUAUAUUUAAACCAUUAAAAGCAAGUUGGAAAAGUGUUGUUGGAAAAAACAAGAGAUCAGGAAAUCCAAUAACUAAAACAAAUUUUGUUAAUUAUUUCAAGGAAGCAUUCAAUUCGGUUAAAACCAGUUCAAUUACAAAUGGUUUUCGAAAAUGUGGAUUGUAUCCGUUCAAUGCCGAUGCAGUAGAUUAUUCUAAAUGCAUUUCAUACAGAAGAAAGAUACUUUAUCCAACUCCAAAUAAUGAACUGGAUAUUUUAACAAUAGAGCAGUAUAAAAUUACAUUAAAAGUUCUAGAAAAGUAUUUGGGAAAAACCAAUAUUGAGCAAUUUGAAAGCAAACUGCUAAACCCGCUAUUUCCAAUAAAAAAUGUGUCUUCUUAA